AUUCCGACAUGCAGUGAAGUAAGCAGUCUCUACGUUACAGACCGUACACAUACAAGAUGAGCGCUCAUCUGGACGAUGAGUUCGAAGAUGCGCCUGAUGUUGAACCGCUAGAACCGACCCUGAAGAAUAUCAUCGAGCAGAAGUCGUUGAAAUGGAUUUUUGUCGGUGGGAAAGGUGGUGUUGGGAAAACUACGUGCAGUUGCAGUUUGGCUGUCCAGCUUGCUGCUGUCAGAGAGAGUGUCCUCAUUAUUUCGACAGAUCCAGCUCACAACAUCUCUGAUGCUUUUGACCAAAAGUUUUCUAAGGUGCCUACAAAAGUCAAGGGCUAUGACAACCUCUUUGCCAUGGAGAUCGACCCAAGUCUGGGAGUGGCAGAGCUGCCCGAUGAGUUCUUUGAGGAGGACAACAUGCUUAGCAUGGGCAAAAAAAUGAUGCAGGAGGCCAUGAGCGCCUUUCCGGGCAUCGAUGAAGCGAUGAGCUACGCCGAAGUCAUGAGGUUGGUGAAGGGAAUGAACUUCUCUGUGGUGGUGUUCGAUACUGCCCCCACUGGUCACACACUGCGACUGCUCAACUUCCCGACUAUCGUGGAACGUGGCCUCGGUCGCCUCAUGCAGAUCAAGAACCAGAUAAGUCCAUUUAUCUCUCAGAUGUGCAACAUGCUGGGCUUGGGUGACAUGAAUGCAGAUCAACUGGCAUCAAAGCUGGAGGAGACUCUGCCGGUCAUCCGCUCUGUCAGUGAGCAGUUCAAGGACCCGGACCAGACCACCUUCAUCUGCGUGUGCAUCGCAGAGUUCCUCUCCUUGUACGAAACGGAGCGGUUGAUCCAGGAACUGGCCAAAUGUCGAAUUGACACCCACAACAUCAUCGUCAACCAACUGGUUUUCCCUGACACAGAGAGGCCGUGUAAAAUGUGCGAAGCCCGCCACAAAAUCCAGUCCAAGUAUCUGGACCAGAUGGAGGACCUGUACGAAGAUUUCCACAUAGUCAAGCUGCCGCUACUGCCGCACGAAGUUCGAGGUGCAGACAAAGUCAACACAUUCUCGAAGCAACUUCUGGACCCCUAUAAACCCCCGAAUUAGUGAUAACUCCUCCCCCUCUUGCGCUUUCUUAUCCCUUCCUGAAAACCUCCACUCAUAUAUCUUUAAAGCAUUUAAGCUCUGCGAUAACACCUCGUCCUUCAUCAUCAUGUAUUUAAUGUUUGCAAACCUGUGCGGACACCCGGACAAGUAUCCUUGAUAAAUCGUACAGGUUUCAAAAGAAUACUUUUCCUGACAACAUAACGGCAAUAAAACACCUCCACCAUGCUUCAGUGUGGGUCACAUGACCAUCAUGCGAUCUGGGCUGGGCAGGAUCAUACAACUCCUCUCAUUACUCUUGACACCGCUCCGUUCCUUCGCCUGCUUGUUUCAAAUCAGUUCUCAUAUUGACAUUAACCUGUUUGCCGAGUUGUGAUACAGUAACACGCCAUUGAUUGAUUUUAGUAGCCUUAAUUGGAGAACUUUUGAUUGCAAAUCUAUUGAAUGUUGCGAGACCACUGAGUGGACUUCCUCAGCAGAAUUUUACCUGGAAUUGAAGUAAAUAAGGCAUCAUCCAUCAUUGCUCAUUGAGUUUUACAGUCUUUUUCUGAUGUCACCGGUGUGAAUAAAACUU